CGUCUUGUGCCGACACACAGUGAGCUCUGCGUUUUUCUCUUCACUACAGUGUCAGUGAGCACACUCAGUCAUACCGUAGAGCCGCGUGCUUGGGUUAUAGUGUAGUGUAUCUCUAGUUCUCGUUCAUACUGCAGGACCAAACUGGGCCUCUGGAAAGGUAGUUAUUAAGAGAAAGUUUUCUUUCUUUAGACACAAAAACUUUCUCGGACUUUGUUUUAUUGGAAUUUUACUCUUUGUUAGUGCUUUAGGGGAAAUAACUUUACCAUGGUGGGGCUCAGUAUUACUGGAUUGCAAAAACUUAGUUGUGUAGCUUUUCUGCUAGUUUUAUGUGCAUUGUUUGGUGCAGAAUGUCAGAGAACUUGUAAGGAAGCUGAUAUGUGCUGUAAGGGACAGAAUAACACGUGCUAUUUAUUCGGACCUAGAAUGGACGGGAACUACAACGAAUCUAGAUGCUAUUGUGAUGGCAAUUGUUUGAUUAUGGGUGAUUGUUGCAUUGAUUUUCAUACCAACUGCGAAGCUGUUGAUUGUAAAGUAGCAGAUUGGGGUAAAUGGAGUGACUGUGAUAAUCCUUGUGGUGUAGGCAGCAAGAAACGAACAAGAAAAGUCUCACAAUAUCCAGAAAAUGGUGGUAAACAAUGUCCAGUUUUGAAACAACGUCAAGCAUGUGUUGGCGAUGGAAAAGCUGACGAAUGUCUACAACAGUCAGUUGAAAAUCAGUUUGAAGAACUACAUGAAACUGCACGAAUCUUGCCUGCUAAAUAUGGUUAUUUCCGAACCAGUAAAGAGUAUGAUCCAUGGAAGGGUAUUUUGAAGAAUUUAUACAGCAGAACCUUUAAUGCAAUUAAUACUCAACCUACAUAUUGUGCACGAUUUGUUGUGACCAGUACUCGUUCAGCUUGCAAUGUUUCAGCAGCAACAGAACAAAAUAGUACAUGGUCUGAAGAACUCGUGGAAAAUCAAGAAGUUUGCGUAGAAUGUCAACCAACAGCCAUGGAUGUAGAACGCGGAUCACGAUGUAUCGGACACGGAGUAUUCGACAAACAAACAAGAUGGAGUGCUAUCGAUGUUCCUCACUGUCAUGGAAAAUGGAUGAUGACCUCAAAACAUGAAGCAUGUGUUUGUGACAAAGAAUCUGAUAUAAAUCUUAUUCUGAUCUAAUGAACAUUUUAGCAGCUUCAUGCUGGUCUUGUGACUUAUUAUUAUGGUUUAGGAAAAUAUGGUGUAUAUGAGGCUUCGAAAAGAUUACCAGGAUUUGUCAGUGGAUUUGUUUGGAAUAAAUGUUCAGAAAUGAUUGAAUUGAAUUUUUUUCAUCAUACAAAAUGAAUUAAUUUAAAGGUUCACUCUCGCUUUUAGACCAGUUUAUACUAGAAUGGAAAAAAUGAUUGAUGUUUAAUUUAUUAGAUCUUUUAUUUUGAAAUAUACAUUAUACAUAUGAUGUACGUAGCCUCCACCACUAUCACCAUUCUGAAUCUACUUUUUUAGUGCUGUAUUACUACUCACAAAUUAUUUCUCAUUACAUAGUGCAUUUACAUUAUCUUGUUGUUAAUCAAAAAAAAAAUGUUUUAUAUAAUUCAUGUUUGUAUAGAAAUGAAAGGGUUAAUUUAAGACAUAUUAUUCUUUUUACAUCUUAAUAAUAACUGGCCUAGCAGGUUACCAUCGUCACUGUUAGUGGUACCUGUCCUGCUUAGAAACAUUUGAUAUGUGCAGACUUAAACCAUCAAAGAAUCUUUUUAUGUCAUAUUUUGUACCUAAACUUAUGAAUGAUUUUUAGUUCUUGUAUAUAUGCAAUAGUGGUUAUUUUGUUUUUACCUCUUUUUUUGGUGCUAUAGUGUAAGUCAACUUGUGGAUACUUUGGCCAGUAUUUGUACGUAAAUUCUUGAGAUAAGAUCUGCCUGUUCACCAUGCGCCAUAUUAUUAUACAUAUUUCCUAUUGCAUACUGAUCAAUUAAACCUUAAAUCUGAUAUUUUAUUUGUAUAAUUUUUAAUUAUUUGUAAAUAAAAAAAUAUUGCCAUUUGAAUUAUUCUAACCCUAGAUAGAGAUUUUUUUCAUAUAAAAUUGUAAAAUGUAUAUGUCACAGUCACACCCUCCCUUACUUUUUCUUCUGGAUCAUCAUUUUGUAAUUAAAUGUAUAAAACAAUAUUAUUUGUAAAUUUUUUUACUAUAUUGAAUGAUAUUGAUCUUUAUAGAAGUUAUAAUUGGGAGUUUUGAGAAGAUUGAUAAUGCAAACAAGUUAUGCCAUUCAUAUUAUUCUGUUCAACAAAUUUUUGGUUGGUAGUAUUUUUUUUUUUUUUUUUUAUGUCUAGCAAACAAUAUUUAUAACAUUAUUGAAUGAAUUUGCUAAAAGAAAUAUAUAUUAUUCAUGUUUUUAUAACAGCUCUACCAAGUAAAUUUAGAAAAUGAGUCAAAUAACGCAGAAAUUCAGAAAAAUUUUGAUGAAAGGUUUUAAUUGUUGAAAUAUCUAAGCAAAAAAAAUCAAAAUAGCAAUACCUCAUUUUUACUGUAUAUUACUUUCAGUUUAUACAAAGUAUGGAAUAAUAAUGAAUUAACAUCAUGGUUUUUUUUUAAAUUGAAUGAUGUUUUGUAAAAGAUCUACUUGUAUACAGUUAAAAAAAUUAUAAAUAUAUUGACGUCUAUUUGGAUAUGUAUUAUUAUACUAUCAAAUUUAUUUAUUUGUAUAAUUUUUUAUUCAGUUUUGUCACUGAUUCAAAGGUGCUUAUUUUGCAGUUUAUGCUGGGAAGAAGAACAUUUGAGUGUAAACUUCAGCCCAGUAUAUCUGUGAUACAUUUUUUUUUAUUAUUUUUAAUGAAAGAAUACUAAUUUGAAAAAUGUUAUUAAAUAUUGAUUUUAAUGAUUAAUAGAAUAUUAUUGUAUUAUGUUCAUGUUUAAUAGUAAGGAUGUACCAAAAAGAGCCUUUAACAAAUUCUUUCAAAAACUUUAUAACAAUUGAUAAACUUAUAAGGCUGGUUUCCAUGUGUGGUUUAAGUGCUUGGAAUUGCACAAUCCACUUGAGUAAUGCUGUAAGCAAAUGUGCGUUUCCAUUAAAAUUCCAUAACUUACAUAAUGCUGUGUUUGAGGUUGUUCUGCAUUAUUGUCAUUGAUGGACUUUUUUCAUCAACUAACAGGUUUGCAAUUACAUUACCAAUGUCAUUGAUGGGAGUUUUUUCAAAGAUGCCAUAAUGAAGUCGCAAAUACUUAACGCCUGUUGUGGAAACCAGUCUAUAUUUAGAUGUAUAUACAUAUAGUGCAUUUAAUCCCAUUAUUAUAUUAAAGUUAAUAGAUGUAUCCGCUUUUAAGUAUUAAAUGUGAUUGGAUUUCAUCACUUUUUAGCAUUUAUUUCAUUAGAAAUUUAUCACAUUAUACACACAAAGUAAUUGAGACAAAAAGUUUAAAAAUUUGUCAUUUGUUCAUAAUAUUAUCGUGUAAAAGUUUCUCUGUAUUAUCAUAAGUGAUCUAUAAAUAGGCAUGACAUUAAUUGUACUGUACCUCAGGCUGAGCACCCACACGUCACAUCAUGUACAUACUGUUAUUGCUUUUCAAUAUUCCCUCCUUCCUCCCUCUCCCCAUCCACCACAGAUCAUUGUAGAGUUAUUAUUUUAGAUUCGUGUAUUUUAAAGACUGGCUCUUUAUUUCUGUAUUAAUCACUUGAUGUAUUUCUAUAUAAAUAAAUACCUUUCUUUCUUGUA